AUGCGCGACGAUGGAUAUGACCGGGAUGCUGUGAAGCUGCGAACACCCAUCGAAGUGACCCUCACCAAAGGGAAAGUCGGUGGAAAAGCUUAUGGAAGAGGCCAUGCAGGUGGCAUCAAAGGGUCCGGCCUAUGGACUCCUGGCGAUGAACCGAAGCCCAAGGCGAAUGCUCGCUGGGAACGAGCUGCACGAGUGGAAUCUGGAGGCUCUGCUCCUUCCAGACCCAGAUCGAAAUGGCGCCCGCUCAGCAGCUUCACAGAGGGUGACCUUGUGCAGGGGAGGGUGACCGACUUUGUUGAGGAAGGGGCGAUGAUCGACUUUGGCUGCUUGGUUCAGGGCUUGCUGCCCACGUCGCAGAUCGACUUCCCGGCCUUCCCUGGAGACCUGUUGGUGUCAUUGGCUCUGGAUUCCAUCGAUACAAAGGAAGAAAGAGUGACUCUACGGCUCCACGAUGAUGGAUGGGAGGCUGAACUUCAGGCCCACGCAGAGCCUGGCUCAGAGAACCAGCCCUCGCCCAGAAAGACUGAGAAAGGUAGACAGAGAAGGGCUCAGCGGACAGCUAGCGUGCCCCCAAGCCUUGACAGAGCACCAAGGGAAGAUGCCAUGGAAGAUGCCAUGGAAGAUGCCAAGGAAGAUGUCAAGGAAGUUGUCAGGGAGGAUCCAAAGCCUGAUGAGGUCCCUAGGGUGACGCGAUCUGAGAUGCGUGGUGGGCCCACGGCCCCACGGCCCAAUCGCUCACAGCGACGACACAACAGCGACACGGACGAGGUGAACUCAGGUUCUGAGCAAGACAUCGAUCAGGACAAGAUUCAAAGCGUUCUGACGGAGAACCGCAAGGCUGAAGAAUGUGGCAAAGUGGUGGCAUGCCAUCCCCGGCCAAUCCAGGCCUGUGCGGCUGCCAGUUUGGAACUGAAGGUCUUGAUGAGGGACUCUACAACCAGUCUGGCAGCCUUGAAAGGUAUCAUCAGCUUGCACCAGGAGGUGGGUCGAGCGGCCGAGCCUCUGUUGGUUCGCAACAUCCCUGGCAUGUUAGAGAAGUAUGGAAGCCGCGAUCGAGAGACUCAGGUGGCCGUGGAGAUCGCGCCGCGGCGGCCCGACUCCUCGCGGCGCGGUAAGCGGCGGUCGCCCAGCCGGCAGCAGAAGGCGGACCUGGUGAAUCCACCCCAUGGAAGCAACGACCCGGCCCCUGUGGCUGGUUCAGUGGCGAGUGGUCCUGGGCAGUUCCGGAACUACACGGCCGACACACGAUACACGGAGAGCGAUCCCUUGAGACAUGGCCUGGAUGUGAAACAGGUGGCUGCCACGCCGUUUGCGAUGGGCCCCAAGUCUAAUCCAAGUUCUCAGACUUCGAGCUUUCGCACCUUGGACAUCUCCAAGGCAAAUGAGGGCAGACAGAAUUGGACUCGAAUAGAUACCUUUUUGACUCCGUCCGGUCAUGCCCAUGACGAUGAGUUUGGCCGGUCUCCUCAACGAAGACCUACGAGCCGCUCUCGAAAUGAGGCCAGCGCCAAAAGCUUGGCGCAGGACGUGUUCAUCACCGACCUGUCGGAGAAGUUCGCCGAGCUGCGACGGCAGAUCCAGGAGGACACCCAGCGCCUCUUGCAGCCCAUGCAACAUGAGCUGGACUCUGAGAUCUCCAAGACCAAAGAGAUUGUGCAGACAGUCCGCACUGACAAUCUCAAGGCUGUCGAGGAAAUCAGGCGUUUGCGAUCAAUGGAGCAGCACAAACAGCUGCUACAAGCAUAUCCGACCCCAAUCGACAAGGAUGUGUUUGAGACAGAGAUCAAACGCGUGACAGAGGCGAUUGAAGGCUUGUCUGAUGCUGUCGCUUCGGUCAAGGAGGAGGUUUCUUCCAUGAAGGAAGCGAACGAUGUGCUGCCCCCAAGCAGAGGCAUCAGCUUUCGCCGAGGUCGCAGUCCUACUGAGGCCGCCCAUCUUGCGGUUCCAGGCAACAGCAACCUGGAUGACACGCUUCAAUCCAUUCGAGAUGUUCUGUCAGAGAUGGAUUUCACGGACAUGUUGAAUGACAUCAAACGAUCCAUUCCCGCGGACGAAUUCAGAAUGGCUCUAACCAUGGUCCAGGAGCAGAUGGUGGAAGUGUUCAAACAACUGCGUGCUGUACAGGAGGAGGUGCAGAAUCGACCGAAUGAGGUGGACUUCACACCUGUUCUCGAUGCCUUUGCUAGCAGCCCACUCCAUGACAUCUUAGAGGUCAAAUCUUCCCUGGAGCAAGCGAAGGUAGAUAUGGCGAAGAACACAGAGCACCUGGCUGCCCUGUGGUCGCAGCUGCCGCCUGUUGACUUUGCACCGGUUUUCGACUGCGUCAGAGCCAAUCGAGUCGAAGUGGACAUGUCACCUGUGCUGACAGCGGUUCAGGAGGUGAAUGUGAAAGAGAAUAUGCAGCAACAAUUUGGGGAAAUUUUGGCGGAGAUCAAUCACCGACAAAGCAAUCUCGACUUUUCUGAAUUGUUGGAGUCUAUCAAAGCAUCGAAAAUGAAGGUGGAUUUCAAUGGGGUAAUUGCGAGCAUCAACGACUCGUGCGAAGAGGUCGGCAACCUCAUUACAGAGUUGAAACCAUCGCUUUCAAACUUGGAGCAAUCGAAUGCCUCGAUGCUGGAGCGACUUCAGGAGUUGCAACAGGUCCAAGACAAGGGCGUGCUUACUGGCAUCGCAGGUCUCAAAGAUUGGACAGAGCGACUCUCCCAGAAGUUCUCCAUACUGCUGCAAACAAUCAGUGAAAAAGAAGACCAAGAGGUGAAGGUGAAUUUUACUCCGGUGCUGGAGGCUAUAGAACGGAACAAGGUUCAUAUCGAUUUCUCUCCGAUACUGGCAUCAAUCAAGAAGAACUGUGACUUCUCAGACGUGACUGAAGACAUGGCUAGGGUGCUGAAGACCAUUCAGGAGAUGAAAGUGCAAGUGGACUUCACUCCAGUUCUGCGGGCUGUGCGCGAGGGCAAACAGGAGACAGUCUUUGAACUCUUGAGCGCCUUCCGGGAUCAAUGCACUGACAAUGGUGAGCUGAACGACAACAUCGUCCAGUUGCGGGAAUCGACUCAGACGAAUCUCAAACAGUUGAAGGAAAGCAUGGAAAAGGAGUCCAAAGAGGCUCUGACAUCCGAAGUGCUUCGAUCUAUUCGUGAAAAGGAGGUGAGGAUUGACAUCGAGAUCAAGAAAGCCCUGGAGCAGAACAAUGAUCUGGCAGAGAAAGGAGCCUCUGAGAUGCAGGCCAAAUUGGAGGAAGAGCUUCGUUCGCUGCGUGAUUCUGUGACUAAAGAACUCAAACAGAAUGAGACCCGCGGUACAGCCGAAAGUCAGAAACUAGAACAUGCCUUGCGAGCCAUUGAGGUGCGCCCGCAAGUCACCAUGGAUCUGGCUCCCGUCUCAAAGUUGGUGGAGGAGAUUCAGGUCCAGCUUCACCGCAUCGAUCAAACCAAUGUGCAUUUGACCGAGGUUGUCCAGGAACAGGCCCAUGGCCAAGAAAAUCUCCAGGAGGCGUUGGCGGAAGCUUCGGACGCUUCACAAAGGCAUGGAAGGAAUCCAACAACUGUAACUGUAACUGUACAACUACUGGAUGGCCAUGGCGGCCAUGGAUUUUGGAUGAUUUUGCAUGAUUGUUGA